ACAUUAGUAAGAUCCACACCAGUUACACUUCCCGGAACAGGGAGGAGCCGAUAGUUCUCAUCGUGGAUAUAUACACACAUUUCUACACUUUGGUUUGAACAAGGCUCAUCGUUGCUGAGCAGGAUGAUUGACGUCCGAGCAUGGGCAGAGUACGUGGUGGAGUGGGCUGCCAAAGACCCCUACGGUUUCCUCACCACUGUCAUACUGGCGCUCACCCCUCUCUUCAUUGCCAGCGCACUGCUGUCCUGGAAACUGGCCAAGAUGAUCGAGGCACGUGACCGCGAACAGAAGAAAAAGCAGAAACGUCAGGAAAACAUAGCCAAAGCCAAGAGGACCAAGAAAGACUGAGCCUGUGAGGGGCAGGAUGAGGGCAUAAAAAAGGACGAGCAGCCAUCACGCUCACAGCCAUCCUUAUUCCAAACAAUGACACGGUGCCCUUCCUUGUCCCGGCCCUACUGUCAGCACAGGGCCACUACGCCUAAUGUCCGGGGUAGGAGGGGGGGACGCUGGGCCCACAGACUUGACAGUGCUGAGAUGGACAGUACUGCCCGGAGGAGGCUUGUCCCAGUGGGACUUUGGUCAGCAAGAGCGCAGUGGUCAUCUGUAUGAUGUCUUUUAUACAGAGAUCCGCUGUUAUACUGUGCAGCUGUUGCAACACCUUGCAUUCCAUUGUUAGCAUCCCUGCUCUGCAGACUUGAUCAUUUAAUGAACACAUUGGAACUUUUUAAACUCAGUCACUUUCAAGUUAUCCAAAUUCUUACUUUCUGGUCAAUAAAGUUUUCAUGAUUGAUAAGAAAA